AUGUCGCCUGCGAUGCGGCCAACGUGUAUGUCGCGGAGAGCUGGGGCUGGAUGCUUGCUUGGGUUCGUCAGUUUCACGUGGGGCUCACUGCCGAUCAGAUCUCGCUUGCUGCCGACUUCCGCUCCCGAAAUAUUCUAUAUAUUCUUGGCGGCAACCGCACCGCACAACACACACGCCAACCUCUCAAAAUGGAAGAUUGGUCUAUGUCCUGGAUUUUACGCGAGCUAUCCUCCAAGUGCUGUGCCUGGCACGGACUGGAUGCUGCGACGCGUUCCGCAUUGGCCUGGACUCAAAACCCCGAGUAAGGGAACCAUCGAUCCUGUCAUGCGUGAGGUCAACCUCCAAUGUACCCGCAUCACAAGAUCAAUGAAUCCGGGCAGACUUGAAGAAAGGCCGUUUGCCGCCUCUUCCAGGGAUCUGAGCAACAAUACCCAGACGUCAGGUCAAUAUGAGACAGAUCCGACAGCUCUCAUCUACAUUAAUCACCCAGGGCAGGGCAGACUCUUACAGCUUCCGAUCUUCGAUGUUGAUGCUGCGUUUGUCCGCAUGACUUCAAGAACGAGACACCCAUUCAUGCCGCAGCUCCCAGACGUUUACAUUCGACUCCCGACACCGGAAUGUUCAUCUGACACGCUGCCGGUGUCAUUCUGCCUCGACCGCAGUCAGCGCAAAUCGAUGAAGUUCCAGCAGCGCGACUCGAGCCAUGUAGACCCGGACGCGGUAACAGCUCCGCUGGCACAGUCUCAUGGUCGACCAAAGCAUCUUUAUGAAGGAUGUGGUGCAUGCGGAAGUUACUGCCUACAUCCCGGCUCUAUUGCUGACGAAGAAAUGCAGCCACUUAGCGAAGUUCCGGAAACGAUAGAAGGCUUCCAGCCUUGGCGCACGGUCAGCCUUGGCGCACGCUUUCUAUAA